AUGAGGGCGUUCCCAGCGGCAAUGAGUAGCGGCAACUGGCUGCACUCGGGGGAAUUGGCUGUAACCCUCGACGCAGCCGAAGGCCAGAGGUUGAGGCAGUCGCUUCCAAAGCAACAACGAGUAUAUGUGGAUUUCUAUUCAUCGUCUACAUCGGCGUGGGCUCUGCAGGUGGCCACGAAUGUUACUGAACAGAAACAUCAUGUAUCCCGCGACAAGAGAGGACAAGUUCUUGGAAACCUGCGAGGCUUUCGUGGAUGCACAGUCUGGUUCACAGGUUUAUCUGGAGCUGGAAAAACAUCAAUUGCCUUUGAACUGGAAGCAUAUUUGGUGUCACGAGGUAUCCCUGCUUAUGGACUUGACGGUGAUAAUGUACGCACUGGAUUGAACAAGAAUCUAGGCUUCUCGAAAGAAGAUCGUGAAGAAAAUAUUCGACGAGUUGCCGAAGUUGCAAAAUUGUUUGCAGAUAGUGGUGUUGUUGCUUUGUGCAGCUUUGUAUCACCUUUUUCUGAGGAUCGAGAAAUGGCACGUAAAAUUCACAAAGAUAGUGACUUACCUUUCUUUGAGGUAUUUGUUGAUACUCCACUGAACGUGUGUGAACAACGUGAUGUAAAAGGAUUGUAUAAAAAAGCACGUCAAGGAACCAUUAAAGGUUUUACAGGUGUCGAUCAACCUUAUGAGAAACCAGAAACACCAGAUUUAGUAGUAAAAACUAUUGAUUGUAGUGUAGAAGAGAGCAUGCUUCAAGUAGUGGAAAUUCUAGAAGAACAUGGAAUUAUUCCAGCAUCUUUGAAAGCAACUGACCUCGUCAAAGAACUGUUUGUGCCUGAGAACCGUGUGGCAGCUGCUCGAGAGGAAGCUGCUGCCUUGUCUUCUCUAGAAAUUGGAAGUUUGCACUUCAAUAAUUUAUUGGAUACUGGUAUAAAUCAGUCCCUUCCUAUUGUGUUGCCUGUUCAAGAGGAAGACAAAAAUAGACUAGAAGGCUUAUCAUCUAUUACAUUGGCUCAUCAAGGCAAAAAUAUUGCUAUUUUACGUAAGCCAGAAUUCUAUGUCCACCGCAAAGAAGAACGUGUGUGCAGAACAUUUGGAACAGCAAACAAAGGUCAUCCUUAUAUAAAGAUGAUCUAUGAAAGUGGUGAUUGGCUUGUAGGAGGAGAUUUGGAGGUUAUAGAACGAAUUCGAUGGGAUGAUGGUUUAGAUUCUUAUCGACUCACUCCAAAUGAACUUCGUGCAAAGUUCAAGGAAAUGGGAGCUGAUGCAGAUACCCGCCGACGAUUGUUGGAAGAAAAGGGCUUUAAAAAGCCAGUCCUACUUCUUCAUCCAUUGGGAGGAUGGACAAAGGAUGAUGAUGUACCUCUUCCUGUCCGCAUGCAACAACAUCAAGCUGUGUUGGAAGAUGGAGUUUUGGAUCCAAAAUCAACUCUUUUGGCAAUCUUUCCUUCUCCUAUGCAUUAUGCUGGACCUACAGAGGUUCAGUGGCAUGCAAAAGCUCGAAUGUCUGCUGGUGCCAACUUCUACAUAGUUGGACGUGACCCUGCUGGAUUACCUCAUCCUGAUCCAGACCUGAAGUGUGAUUUGUAUGAUGCUACUCACGGUGCUAGAGUAUUAAAAAUGGCACCUGGCCUUGCAUCACUUGAAAUAAUUCCCUUCCGUGUUGCUGCUUAUGACAAAAGUAAAGCACAGAUGGCAUUUUUUGAACCAGAAAGAAAGCAAGAUUUUGAGUUUAUUUCGGGUACGAAAAUGAGAGGUUUGGCUCGUUCAGGUCAAAAUCCUCCUGAUGGUUUUAUGGCUCCUAAAGCAUGGAGAGUUCUCGCAGACUAUUAUCAGUCCUUGAGAAACAAGUGAUAUUUACCUUCUAUGUUCCUGAACAUGCAUUUUUAUUCCUUCAGAUGGGUAUUUCUGGGAGGAUUUUGAGCAUUUUUCAUCUUUUUACAUUAUUAAUAUUUCUGGCACUACUUACUACUUCUGAGGUUCGAGAUAUUGAAAAUAAUAUCCAGGUAGACUGUUAGUUAAGAGGAUGAAUAUUUUAUGUGGCUGUAAAAUUGGUGAGAAAAGUAAGUAUAUAUUCAAGAUAUUUGUUUUACAAUUGGGACAGAAAUAAUUUCAAUUCUCUGUAACAGAAACUCUCUCAAGUUUUGCUAGAACGAAUUGCUCAUAAACAGACAGAACAUUUAUGACAAACAAUUUCAGAGAAUUGCUCAAUAAUAUUUUCUUUAAAUGCAAUACUGAUAAACCAAGAAAUCUUAUGGAGUGUGUAUUAUUCACAUUUAAAUGUGAAAUUUUUAGAACACACAUCUCAUUAAUUUCUUUUCAGGAAUCGUUUCUGUUCAGGAAUGAAUUAAUUACUAAUUACAAAUGUAAUGAAUAAUACAUCAUUCAAAAGAUCAUCCUCCUAGCUCUCAGUUGAGAUUCGAAAACACAAAUAAUAUAUUUUACUUUCAUUAUCAGUGGGUUUAGUUUGUAUAUGUUUUGGGACUUCCAUAUGAUUUGUUUUUGCUAUAUUAUAUUUCUUAAAUUUUAUCUUAAGAGCGAUUAUUUCUGUGGACAUUCAGUGCAAUGAUGUGUUUUAUGUAAAUAUUUUUCAUCUAUAUCUGAAUAAUAUAAUAUGUAUUUUCAGAAACAGCAGGUCUGUUUGAAAAUUUGUUAAUGAAUUUAUUUUGUGACUUAAAUAUAAAUAUUGUUUUGUAUUGAUUACUGAUAUACUGUUUUCCAUACAAUUUAAACUUAUGCUAAAUUAUUAAAUAUUUUGUGAAAUUGUGAUCAGCAAUUUUGAUUUUUGGGGUAAGAAAUUGAAAAAAAAAAAAAAAUUUGCACAUGCAGUGCUAAAUUAGAAAUUAUUUUGUUUCCUUUGUAUGAAAAUCAUAAUAUUGUGGGCAUAUAUUUCUACACACUUGCUUACAAAUUUCAAUAAAACUGGUCUGACUUUGCCUUAAUUAUUGGCAGAUAUAAUUCAAAUAAUAAAACAUAAAAAUUGAUCUUUGUUUAUUUUAUGAUAAAUGUUUUCAGUUGCAAGUUCAUGUCAUUGUUAUCUGGCCUUUGAUGAUUAAAUGAGCUGCUUAGGAAUCUUAAAAUUUGACCGACCAGAAUUGUAUCGAAUGAACUGUUCUUCAAGACAGUCUGAAGUUGUAAAUGUGUACACAUUUUCUUAUCAUUUAGAUCAUAGUGAUGUUUUCAAAGUUUCGUAAACUUUACAAUCACAAAUAAGCUAUUAGAAUAGUUGUUUAGCAAAUGCAAAUUAAACACAUAUGAUUGUUGUUUUAAUUUUUCUAUUAUUUACAAGUAAUAUCUAUCAUUUUAAGUUUAUGAUCAUGUAAAAAUAUUCACUUUUAUAUGAUAAUGAUUGAUCAUGAUUAAAGGAACAAAAAUGUUUGUUUCAAAAAUUUAAUAACAUAUUUAAUGAAAUGAAAUUCAUUAAAAAUGUUCAUGAAUAUUUCUUUUUGAACAAAAGAAUUGCAUGAAUUGAUCUUAUCAAAUUGUACAUAUGAUUUUGAAGCAGUAUGUUGUACAAUAAUGUUCAAAAUGACUGACAUCAUUCCAAUAAAUUGUCAUUAAAAAUAAUGUAAUAAUUUUCCUUCUCUAAACUCUUUACCACCUUAUUUUCUUUAUACUCAAAGAAUGCCAAACGAUAUUUUCAAACUGGCAAAUGGAAACAAUUGAAAACUAUUGAGAAUCUAUAAAAGAAAUGCUAACAAACUAGCAUGGCAGUGGUGU